AUGCUUCGCGCAUCCCGUCUCGUUCGUGCCGCCGCCCCAGCGCGUGGUUACGCCACGGCAGCGGACAGCUUUGCCUCGAAGACUACCGUUUUCGAGAGCGUUAAGCCGACAGCGAGCGUCACUUUCUUGCUCAAGGCCGGUGCACGGUACGAGCAGAAGCCCGGCGCGGCGCACGUCCUUUCCAACUUUGCUUUUACUAGCAAUGGAAAGCGCUCGACGCUCGGCACAGUGCGCGAAUCUGAGCUCUACGGCGGUGUGCUCUCUUCGACCCUCUCGCGGGAACACUUGGCCUUGACGGCCGAGUUCAUGCGUGGCGACGAGGCAUUCUUUGUCGAUGUACUUACUCAGUACCUGGCGACGGCUCAGUUCGAGCGUCACGAGCUUACCGAGUCUGUCCUUGCCGCUGUCGCCGCCGAGUCGGCUGCUGCCGAGGCCGCACCUUCGACCCACGCUCUCGAGCUCGCACACCAGGUCGCGUUCCGCAAUGGCCUUGGCAACUCCCUAUACGCCGACGCCGCAGCCCAGCACCAGUUGACGGUUGCAGAUGUCGCCGCUCUGCACAACUCGGCUGUCCCCGGACUGCAGAUCCUCGCAACCGGCAUCUCGCAGGAAGCUCUCCUCGCCGCGCUUGACAAGUCGCUGGCAAGUCUCGGCAAGAACAAGGGUGCAUUCUCGGGUACCGCCGCAUCCGCCUCGCCAGCCAAGUCCAGCUACUUUGGUGGUAGCACCCGCGUUUCUGGUCAUGGAUCGAGCGCCGUGUUUGUCGGCUUCGGUAGCACCGACGCCGCCGCCACCCCCGCGCUACACGCACUUGCCGCACACCUCAGCCCGGCUCCCUCCGUCAAGUGGUCUACGGGUCUCGGCCCCAUCGCGGCAGCAGUUACGCCGGGUGUGAGCGUCCGCGCCGCCACCCUCCCUUACAGCGAUGCUGCCCUGUUCGGUCUUCUCAUUGAGGGAGAGGCCGGAAAGCUCGCCGGUGCAGCGAAGGCUGCUGUUGAGGGCCUGAAGGCCGCUGCCGGCGGCGUGAGCAAGGAGGACGCUACUCGUGCCGUUGCCAAGGCUCGCUUCCAGCUCUCCAGCGCACUUGAGAGCACGGAUGGUGCCAUUUCUGCAUAUGCAAAUGGCGUUGCCCCGUCGCAGCAGGUUGAGGCUGUCAGCGCGCUUGACGGCGCCUCCGUGUCGAAGGUUGCCGGUGAGCUCCUCAAGGGCAAGGCCACCUUUGUCGCUGUCGGCGACACCCGUGUACUUCCGUAUGCGGACGAGAUCGGGCUCACGAAUGCGUAG